CGGCAAAUUAAACUCCCAGUUCACCAAUCCCCACAUGAACAUUAUUCACCUCUUCUCCUUCUUCUACUUCUGAUAUCACCAUCUACACAUCUUGAGCUACUAUGAAAACAUAAUACGACAAUGACAACCUCCGCCGAUGUCUCGGUCGCCCUCAUCGGCAUGCACGGCGUCGGCAAGUCCACCCUCGCCCUCAUCGCCUCCCGCGCCCUCGGCUUCCGCUUCGUCGACACCGACCACAACGUCCAGACCGCGCUCGGCAUGCCCCCCUUCUCCUACAUCAAAGAGCACUCUCUUUCCGAGUACCGCGUCGCCGAGCACGAAGUCCUGGCCGAUCUCCUCAAACGAUGCACCGAGCGAUGCGUCAUCGCCUGCGGUGCCGCCGCGAUCGAGUACCCUCCCAACCGCCAGCUCUUCUCCGAGUUCUCGAAACACCACCCCGUCAUCCACAUCGUCUGCGACGAAGACCGCAUCGUGCAGUAUCUCAACGCUCCAGACCCGUCAGUUGUCUAUCGCAUGUGCCGCCAGCGCUACGCCGUCUACCGAGAAUGUGCAAACUUUGAGUUCUUCAACCUCACCGCCCAUCGCCGCUCUCGCACAGAUCCCGAAGGCGACCAGCGCCAACUCCUUAUGCUCAAAAAUCUAGAACUCGACUUUGUUCGGUUUCUGAAGCUGAUCAUGCGACGCGAGCAGGAUGAAGUUGCGCUGAUCAAAGUCCAGCAUCCUGAAGCCAGACGUUACACCUACUCGAUCUCCCUCAGGUUUCCUCCCCCUCACUCUCUGCACUCUGGCCUCGACGACUAUGUCAACGACUACGUCGAAUCAAACUCUGUUGGCGAUAGAGUCAUGGGCGCAGACUGUGUUGAGGUAAUCGUUGAUGCUCCUAUCUUCCGCCGAAGGUCCCUGCAGCUUGAAUCAAUAGGGAAAUUUGUCGGAAUCAUCCGUCGCCAGACGCGCCUGCCCAUCAUAUUCUCGAUCUCGUGUCCAGAUAGCUAUUUCUCUCAGCCAGAAGUCCGUGAUUUCUAUUUUGAGCUUCUUGAGUACGGCAUGCGUCUGAUCACGCGAUACAUCAACAUCGAUCUCUCGCACUUUACCGAUUUCAACUCCGUCAAAGGUGAUGGCGAGGGCGUUAGAAACUCCUACCAUCUCAACAGUCACUACAGUCGCCUGGCUGAUAUCUUAUCCACAAAAUCACCAAUACCCUUCGCGAUCGACAACAGAAUAUCUUCCGAGCAACGCGCCAGCUACCACCGUCAAAUCAUGGGAUCCUGGCAUCACACCCACACACCAGAUGAGUCUGCGACCGUCAACUGGUGGGACUCUGGCGAGCCAGAGCUGAUUAUGGAAAACGCUCUAAGCUUUUGCAACAUAGUCCGGCUUAGCAAGGAGGCGACGUGCUUUUAUGAUAACGAGGCUGUUUCGGCAUUUCAUCACCGCAACGGCAAACGACUGAGCGCCGCAAGCGCCCACCUCUCUGCAUUCAACACCGGGCCAAUGGGUCGACUCUCCCGUAUAUUCAAUCAUAUCCUAACUCCGGUCGUGGCGUACUACCCAAACGCGCGCAGCAAUGCCGACAACACCCUUCUACAGUCCCACGACAUAUCAGCUUACGACGCGCAGGUCGCGCUCUACACCGCAUGCGCAUUGCCGAGACUGCAGUUCUAUCUAUUUGGAGGCCCGCAGUCACCAAUGGCGUUGUCGCCCUCAGUCAUGAACGCUGGAUUCCGUGCCCUAGGACUCCCUCACACCCACACAAGCUACCAGUCUGCAGAUCCGGAGGACAUGCUCAGUCUGAUUGCCCGACCUGACUUUGGCGGGAUCGGAAUCACGCUGCCGUACAAGCAAGCCGCUGUGCGGAUGGCCGACACAUUAUCAGAGCAUGCGCGAGUGAUUGGGGCGGUCAACACGCUGAUUCCCGAGCACGCACACGACAACAUGCAAAUCACGACUAUCCGAGGCGAAAACACUGAUUGGAUAUGCUUUUACAAUGCAAUCAUCGCCCAUCUGACGCCAGUGAACUCGAUCCACAAGAAGACAACGGCAUUGGUUAUUGGCGCCGGUGGUUCGGCCAGAGCAGUGAUAUAUGCGUGUAUUCGACUUGGUGUCGAAGAUAUUCUCAUCUACAACCGAACGGCAAAACACGCACAAGAGCUCGCCAAUCACUUCAACUCCCUCUCUCCUCUCAGACUUUCCACACCACACAGUACCGAUAGAACACCAAGUCCGACUCCGGCAGACGAAGUGUCGCUGUCGCGCGAGAUUAAAUUCAAAGUUCACGCGUUGGAUUCUCUGGAUGCGCCAGAGGCCGUUGCAAAGCUUGGGCUCGAGAUGCCGACGAUAAUUGUCUCUGCGAUAUCUGCGUAUAUGGAGUUUCCUCUGUCAUGGUUCGAUCGGCCGACGGGUGGCGUCUUUAUGGAGGUACUACACGUCGAUGAUUUUUCUAAAGUGCUGAAUACUGACUUUUAUCUUCUUAGCUCUACUAUCAAUCCAUAGAAGGCCCUAUGCUACGGAAUGCGAGGACUCUACAUGAGCGUGGAUGGAUAGGCGUUGACGGAUUAAAUCUGCUGCCUGAGAUGGCAUCGGGCCAGUUCGAACUAUGGACGAAGAAGCCGGCACCAAGGAAGAUUAUGAAGCAGAGUCUAUCACGUUACUAUGAGGAACAUCGAUGA